AUGACGCCGCUAACUGGAGUAUGCACAUCCUGGUCUCACUUUGAACAGGCAUCGCAGCUUUAUCCCAUGCGCACAUCCACUGAGGGUGAUAGUGCUUACAGAUACAAACCGGGAUCUGGAUCCCUCGGUUCUACUGGGCGCCCCAGUAGCCCCGGACAACCAGUCACCAUCCCAGUGUUGCAUUUGGGACAGUCAAGAUCACCAUCAGCCUCGUCCACACCAACUUACGAGCGUACGCAAAGCGGAUCAGAUUCACAUCCGUCAACACCGCUGCCGGAGGCCGCUGAUUCCGCAUUUCGAACAUCGUCCUAUCGCACCUCUUCCCUACUGACACCAACUGGCCGCAGUGUAAACAAAACUCCAACCACAAACGAUCAGGAAGCCGAAGUGGACGCGCUCACCAAUCUGCUAAUGCAGAGUAUGGAAACUAGAUCGUCUUCGUCAUCUGGACUGGGUAUUUCUUCCGGCAUACCAACUAUUACUGAGGGACCAACGGUGUCACCUGCUGGGAGUCUGAGGAGGAGCAGUGGAUCCAGCCCUUCGCUUGGUUUGAACAGCCAAAUCGGGCGCCUGCAACAGCACCUGGGGAUGAAUUCCAAUCAGGUCGGCGUUAGUGGCAUCAACGGAGGGCGUAGUAGUCCACUCACCACAGCCAAUCCAGGGAAUGCGCCUUCAUUAACGUGUAGCUCGUCCACCGAUUCUCCGACGGGUUCGACGACCAGUGUGUAUAACUCUGCCGAAUUGUGUGGAGCCCCGGGUAUCGCCUUGAUGUCUUCCAACGUGGGAUACAACACUUGCUUUCGUUGUCGGCGAGCAUUGAUCCCUCCUGAAGGGACCACCCUGAACUCGAGUCUGACAACUGUGAACGGGAGCCCUAACGUGGUGACACUGACAGGUGCAUUGGCUGUGCGCUUACACGUGGCUUGUUUCACCUGUUACAGAUGUGCUGCGCCACUACGUCCGGACGCAUACUACCAUAGCCUACGACGCCUGCUAUGUCCAACUUGUGUUCGAGAUGGCGCGGUGGAGACGUGCUCUAACUGCCGCCGGCCUAUAGGAGACAGAGUAGUGCAUGCUCUUGGAUUACCUUAUCAUCCAAACUGUUUUACCUGCGUUAUUUGCGCCGGUCGACUGGACUCAAAGCCAUUCACCAUCGACGUGCAUGGAAGACUUCAUUGCCUGGACGAUUUUCAUCGACGCUACGCUCCAAAGUGCACUCAUUGUGGACGCCCGAUCGCUCCCGAACCAGGGAGCCAAGAAGCAAGACGUGUAGUGUCCGGUGAUUCAAACUACCAUUUGGAAUGUUUCGGAGUUCAAACAAAUUCUCAUCCUAGUUCCCAGACUUCGAAAAUGAGUCUGAGUGUAAUCAGUUAGACAAUUAGCUUGCAUCCUCCACUCUCUAAAAUGUCUUCAAAAGAAGAAAGUUAUGUCAACCAAUGCCAACCAAUCCUCAUUCAGUCCUCGAAUUCACCCUAUUGGCACGAUGUCAGUGUAAAAUCUCAGUGCACAUACAUGGCUUACCUUUUCCCCGA